ACGAUUUACGCAGCACGGAGGUCCUCAUCCGAAUCAGCGGGCGCGGAUUGCCUCACAGCUUGCACGACUGCUAGAGAAAGUGCCUUACCUUCGAUCACCAUCCGUGCCGUCCGCUAACCGUGCAUAGCUUUAGUCUUGCUUCGGCCUUCGUUCACUGCUCAUCCUACUACGAAAAACCAGUGACCAGCUAGCGUGGAAGCCGCUAGGCUGCCGAGUAGAACCAAGAAAACGCGGCUCGUCGCGAAUAAUGCGGUAUCGCGGCGUAGAGCAACUUUGAUCAUCGAACGCGCAUAUCACCGACUACGCGAGUGACACCGAAACUUUUCAAGAAUCUAGGAAAAUGAUGCUGCAAUUAGCGUUAUGGUUGUUGAUCGGCUUCCUCGUUCUCUGGCUGCUGAUUAACGUCAUUCGAGUUGUUUCCGCUUUCCGGGAAAUUUUCAUGCCGAUCCUGGACUCGAGUCCCGUCGAUCUGAAGACGAAGUUCGGCGAGUGGGCCGUGGUCACCGGGUCUACCGACGGCAUCGGCAAAGCGUACGCGAAAGAGUUGGCCGCCAGAGACGUGAAUCUGGUGCUGAUCAGCCGAACGUUGGAGAAGCUGGAGAAGACCAGGGACGAGAUCCUGCAGGACAACCCGAAGAUCGAGGUGAAGAUCAUAGUGGCGGACUACUCCAAAGGGAGAGAGGUCUUCGACAAGCUGAAGGGACAGCUGGAGGACAUUCCCAUCGGAAUCUUGGUGAACAACGUCGGCAAGAUGUACGAGUAUCCGAUGUACUUCAGCGAGGUGCCGGAGGACGAUCUGUGGAGCAUCAUCAACAUAAACAUCGGCGCCACCACGAUGAUGACGCGACUGGUCAUCGACGAAAUGCGGAAACGCGGGAAAGGCGCGAUCGUGAACAUCUCCUCUGGCUCGGAGAUACAACCGUUGGCUUUGAUGACGGUGUACGCCGCGACGAAGGUGUACAUCAAAAGCCUGUCGGAAGCCCUCAGAGUCGAGUACUCGAGAUUCGGUUUAACCGUGCAACACCUGACGCCGUUCUUCGUCACCACGAAGAUGAACGCUUUCAGCGACAAGCUGCAGGUCUCCAAUAUUUUUGUGCCUAACGCCGCCACUUAUGCCAGAAACGCGAUCAACACCCUCGGGAAACUGGACACGAGUACGGGUUAUUGGAGCCACGGUAUCCAAAUGAUUCUCGCGCUGAUCGUACCUGUCCAAAUCAGAACGAAGGUUGCGCUGUUCGUAGCUCAGAUUCUUAGGAAGGAUUACUUGAAACAACAGAAAAACAAUUAAACGAGCGCGCACGCGCGCCUCAAUUUAAUUCGUUGUUAUUAAUUUAAUGUAGAUUAACAGUUUUAUCAUUUUGUAAUCGUCGCCGUUGCGUGAGAGAGGAAUGUUACCGAAGAAUUUAUGUAAAGAAUAAUAAACGACAAUAAAGGGAAUGUUCGAACGGAAAGAAUAACAGGGAAUACUGGAUCGAAAUAAAAUCGUGAAUGAUCGAAUUGUU